CUUUGAGGCUUUUUCGUUGUUGUUAUUAUUUCUUUUCUACUCUUUUUUUUUCUUCACGCAUUUUCUUACUCUCACUCUUUUUUUCUAAUUAUCAUAACAACCAUACUUUUAUAAAUGUCAGAUCAAUUAUCAACUUCUUCAAGUAGGAAAUCAGUCAUACCUAAUUUUUUAUAUAGAGUAGCUCAUCUUACAUGGAUACGAGUAAAUGAAUCAACACAAACAAAACUUUAUGUUAUUUUGACAAUUAUAUCUACCAUUGUAUGUAUUAUAUUGGAAUCCUUGAUAGCCGUUGUUAAUUCUCAGGCAGCAACCGCAGUACGUUCUUCUGAUAUUGCAGCAGGUGGAGCACCCGAUCUCAAUAGUGCUUUUGGCCAUGGUGAUACUUCAAUUGAUCCUUAUAUUUAUAUUCUGGUAUCUUUGCAACGUCUGAAGGAUGAAAAUGUAUUUUUUAUCCUAUUUCAUCUAUUUCAGUUAUACUUUGGUAUUGAUGCAAUUGUAAGGCAAAGUGUGAUACAAUUGAUCGCACAUACAGUCAAUGAAUUUCUUAGUGUUGUCUUUGCAUUGAUUCAAUUGGGUGAAACCUUAAACUGGCGAAAUAAAGUGUCAUCUGUGGAUGAUCAAACACAUUUACUAACAAACAAGGAUGAUUUCUGGUUGGCUUUACGGCUUGAAAUUUCAUUGGCAUCUAUCAUGGCAGCAUUGACUUGUAUUUUUGCCCAUCUGUCUAGGAGACUUCUAUUACAGUUUGGCUGGAAUACAUAUAAAAGAUUGGGUGCUGACAUCAAGUUACAAGCACGAUUCCGAAUUGCACAAGUAUUUUUAUUGAUUCUCAAGUUGGAUGCAUUUUUCCAUUUGGUAUUCUCCCUCUUUUGGUUUGUAGUCAUGACGCAAGAGGGUUAUUAUGAACGGGAUUCUGCGGCGUUAAGUUGGUAUAUUCUUCAUCUAUUAUUGACAUUGAUUCAAAUUCCUGCUUUAUUUAUGGCUCGUCAUUGUAUUUUGAAGGAACAACCUGGAGUGAUGAUUGGUUUUUUAGUUAUUCAUGGUUUAAUCAUUGUUGAUUUCAUCAUUGUAUUGCAACAAAGUGCGAAUUCAUGGGUCUUUUGGGUCUUGGCAGUUUGUUUGGCCAUCCUAUUAUCGCUGGGCACCAUGAUAUUGGGUACAAUGGUAGUACGAAAUUUUGACAAGGGAUUAAAACCACAUAUACAACGAUUAUUUGAUGAAAACUAUCAAGAAAAAUUCAAAACUAAUAAGAAUGAAAAUUCAUGGGUGAUAGAUGAUGAUGAUGAUGAUAUGCCCCCAACAAAAUAGUUAGUUUUUUAGUAGUAUUGUAGAAUUAGAAACACGUGUCAUUUUAUGUUUAUAUAUAUAUAUUAUUUCUGUAUUUAUUCAAAUGAUUCCUUUUGUAGUAAACCCCUGGUGACUUUUUUGAUAAUGACGAUGUUAUAUAAUAAAAUGAUGAUAAUAAAGUUUGAAUUACAA